ACAUCUUCGAUAGCUCUGAUGAGAACCAGAUGAAAACAUGGACAUCUCGACUAGUACAGCUUCGGACGUCGCAAGUGAAACUACAAAUGCGACGGUUCAAGUGGUGCAGGACGCUAGAGACGGUUACAGGUGCAUCUCCUGCGAUUCAGGCUUCGGCAGCAUCGAUGAACUACUGGUGCACAACGUUGCCUGUCACGAGCAGACACGUCGGUUACCUGAUGCGGAACCCGGUACAGGUGAUGCUCAUGGUGAGGGAGAAGGUGGGUUGCCUGGUUUCGGAAACGAAUGCGUCGUCUGUGGUGACGUCGUCGAACCCUGGGUCGCACUCCGUAGACACAUGACGUCACACGAUCCGACUCCACCGGGACCAGCAUUCUUCAGCGACUGUCGCAUGGCCGACGGAACCUUUCAGUGUCCUAUUUGUGGUCAAGCGAGAACGCGUAUAUGCAGGCUUCGUAGCCAUUACGGCUGCCACACUAGUGCUCGCGUCUUCGCCUGUCCAAAGUGUCCACGUGCCUACAAGAGAUGCCGGCAGUUCCUUAUCCACUUCAGGACAAGUCAUACGCCCGUUUGGACUUAUAAAUGUGAUCAGUGCGACUUUACGACUGCCGACUGGCACACUUUACGUAGGCACACGCUAAGACAUGCUCGCAUUAUCCGGAGGGAGCGGUGCCAAGUUUGCUUCGAGGCCAUACCGGAGGACAAACUUUUAUACCACUACUACCAGCAUACGGGCGAGAAGCCGUACAAGUGUCAGCACUGCAACUCCAGCUUUAUCCUCGCUUUACAUCUGAGACGCCAUGUCAAACGCGCGCAUGAGAGAGUGGAACGUGCUUCUGGCCGUGAGGGACCCAAGGGACGUCCAGCACAGGCAUCUACAGUGGCACUUUCAGACGACGGCCUGCCGGGCUUGGACAACCGGUGUGUCGUCUGUAGCAAGACAUUCCCCUUGUGGCAUCUACUGUGGGCACACAUGCAGACACACGAUUAUGCCCCGCCAGAUCUAAGAUUACUGGAGACGUGCCGCUUGACAGACGGGACUAUUCAGUGUCUUAUCUGCGGUAAACUCCAAGACAACAUGAGCAGUCUUCGCCGUCACUAUACGUGUCACACCAACCUACAACCUUUCAACUGUCCAAAGUGUCCACGAACAUACAAGACGGCGCAUGCCUUCAUCACACACUUCAAGAGGGCUCACACAUCACUAGCCCGGAUUUAUCGCUGUGAGAGGUGCGAUUUCACGACCCUGCAUUCCUCCAUGAUAAGCAGACAUCAAUUGGAGCAUGACGGAAUCGCACAAAAAGAACGCUGCGAAGUGUGCUUCAAGAUGAUCGGGAAAUGCAGACUCCGGUACCAUUACUUUAUUCACACAGACGAGAAGCCGCACGUUUGCAACGUGUGCGGCAAAGGAUACAGUAUGGGAACACUUCUGAAACGACAUAUCGCUUCCAUACACUUGGGCAUCAAACGCAAGUACGAACGCAGAGAUUGUCAAGUGUGCGGUGUGCGGGUAUGUUCCAAGACCUUCGAAUCACAUAUGCGACGUCACACCGACGAACCUACGAACAUCUGCUGCGUCUGUGGGAAGCACUUUUACAGCCACAAGAAAUACACGCUUCAUAUGGAGAGAAUACACGUAGGCAUCAAGGAUCGGAAGUGCCCGGUGUGCCAAAAAGCGUUUUACAAUGCCUCGGAGGUGUCCCAACACAUGCCGGUGCACCUGGACGAGAAGCGGUUCAAGUGCGAAGUGUGCGGGAAAGCGUUCAAGUGGAAGCACAAGAUCGGGGACCACAUGAAGACGCACAGCGAGGAACGACCUUUCAAGUGCGAACUCUGCGGAGAAGCGUUUAAGUGGAAGCAUAAUCUGGCCAAUCACGGGCGUGCCAAGCACAAGUGAAUUCUAUGCUUGAUACUCAUCGUGGUUCCCUUCGGAGGGCGGCAGUACACUCUUAAAGAUGAAC